UCUUAAUCUGUCAAACUAACCGAAGAAAAACAAAAACAAACCGAAGGCUGUGAGGCUCGGUGGACGCAAGGAUGGGAACUGGAAUUUGCUGAGCUGUUGAAAACAUUCUUUCCUCUGAUCUACAUCUGAGCUGCUGAGCCAUGGAUUCCUCUGAUGAAGAGGAGGAGCGCACCUUCAUCCGGGUCCUCAGUGAGAAGUAUAACCCAGAGAACUUCCCCUAUGGCCAAGGUGUGGUGGUUCUGCCCAGCCCUCCAGGAUCCCCUGUUAAAGACCGUCUGUUCUUGCCCAACUUUCUGGUUCUGAAUGACUGUGGGAUCAGUAAAGCUGGCGACAGGUCUGAUAUUGAAGCUUUCUGUGCUCAUGUGCUAGAACUGGAUUUGGCCUACAAUCAGUUAAAUGACUGGGGAGAGAUUAGCACCAUCGUUUCCAGCAUCCCUCGCCUGGACUUCCUCAACCUAAGCAUGAACCCACUGAGUGGUGUGCAGCUGCAGCCCAGCGUGGCCGACGUCUUCUCUCGCGUUCGACGACUUGUCCUCAUCAACACACAAGUCAGCUGGGACACCGUGCACACACUCACACAGCACACACCAGAGCUGAAGGAGCUCUUUCUGUGCCUGAAUGGCUACGACACAGUGUCAGAAUCCCAGGCAUCCUGCCCAUCACUGAACCUGCUGCAGAUCACAGGCAACCAGCUCCAGGACUGGUCCGAAGUCAGGAAGUUCGGCCUGCUGUACCCCAGUCUGAGCACACUGGUGCUUGCCAACAACGGCCUCAGCUCUGUGGGGGACACCAAGGAAACACUGGAGCAUCUCUUCCCCAACUUGCGCAGCAUCAACCUCAACAACUCAGGUCUCAGUAAGUGGGAGGACAUUGAAAGGCUGAGCUUCUUUCCUAAACUGGAGGACGUCAAAGCUCAGGGGAUUCCGUUAUUACAGACAUAUAGCACCCAGGAGAGACGCAGCCUCCUUUUAGCACAACUGCCAUCCGUGAUGGUUUUAAAUGGGAGUGCAAUUUCCAAAGGGGAGAGAGAAGACGCAGAGAGGUUCUUCAUCAGAUACUACCAGGACUGUCCUCAGCGGGAGCUUCCUCAGAGGUAUCACAUCCUUGUGUCAAAAUAUGGUAAUUUGGCCCCUCUGGUAGAGGUGGACCUGAGUCCCCGCUGCACCUCGGUGGAUGUCCGCUUGGGGGACCGGGUGGAGCGAGUCAGUCUCCGCUUGGAGCAGACGGUGGGUGACCUAAAGAAGCAGCUUAAAGGUCUGCUGCAGCUGCCAACAAACGGGAUCAGGCUGUUCCACAUCGACAAAGAGAUGAGUUCAGUGUUCGGACCCGAGGAGAUGAAGUGCAGCUUCCGGGCCCUUCACUCCUACAGCAUCCAAGACGGGGACGAGAUUCUUGUGGUGCCCAAAGUGAAAAACCGCUGCAGCUCCUCUGAUUUCUGAGAAAGGGCUCUGUAGCUUUGGAUGAGAAAUCAAUAAUCUAACAGAGACUAAUCUUUGAUUUAGUAAAGGUUUCUCAGUGCUGAAUGUAAGUUGAGAUAUUUUGUUAAAACAAAAAAAAAAAAAAAAAAGAGUUGCACAUUGAAGCUCUGACCUUAAAUAGCUUUAAAACUACUUUCUGACACUUUGCUUCCUAAACAGGCUUUUUUUAUUUUUCUGUAAGAUGUGUUCACAGUAGAUGCAUCUGCAGGUAUUUGAACCAUGGGGGAAUUUUUGCUUAUAUAUUCAAUCUAUUUAAAUAUCAUCCUGAAGCUUAUUUAUUCCAGUAGUGAAGAUAGAUUCUACAGAUUCAUUACAUUCAGAGUGAUUUUAUCAAAAGUAUUAACUUUAAUUCUGGCUUUUACAGCUAAUGGAAAACUACCAAGUUACAGAAGAUUUGAAAAUUACAUCAGAGCGAUUAAAAAGACUAUUUACAACUAAAUGUUUUGCUCAGACAUCAAACAGUGGCACAGUUAUAGCUCACAAGAUAUUAUUGACACUGAUGUUUCAUUUUUUUUUAUAAUUGUUCUGGUUUCAAUCAAAAAAAGUAACAAAUGAUGAGGAAAAAAAUAAUAUAGAAGUUGUAAGACCUUUUUAUCAAAAGAAACAAUCCUAUAAAAGGUACAAUUUAAUCAAAACAGAUACAUUUAUUAAUUAAAAUGAAACAACAAAUCCCAGUUUAUAUUUUCUUACUUUGUUUAUUUUUGUUUUUAUUACAAAAACCAAAUGUGCUUUUGUCAUUUCCUCCUGGAGCCAAAUAUUUAGUUUAAAGUAAUAAAUAAAUCCCCCAUGGAUCAGAUAACAAGCAUUUAAUGAUGUAGUUCAUAAGAAUAAAUAAAUUAUUUACGUCUGCAAUAUUGAGAUGAUCUUUAAGACAGCAGCUUCAGACUUUAGGGUGUUUAAAACAAAGACUUGCAGCUUUAUUUGUAUUUUUGAAACUAUAAACUUAUCCAGUUUACUUUCAAAAAGGCUAUUAAAAGAAAACUUUUAUAAAAUAAACUAGAUAAAUACACAGAUUCUAUUAUCUAAAACAGAUUAGAUCCAAGGCUAAAAGUUAGAAACCUCACACUGCUGCACUUUGCAGAGGUUAUUAUAUAAAUGCACAAAUGCAAAACAAUUGUAGAUUAAAAAUAUAAAAUAACAAUAAUAAUGAUAAUUGUUUUUAAAAUUAUAAGUAGAGAUAAUAUAUAGAUAUAUCAUAUAGUUAAUUGUUAUUGUAUUGCCCUUUGUUGUGUUGCAGUCAUCAGUUUAUAAAUAUCUGAGAAUAAAAUAUUUGAAAAGAAAAGAAGUUGAAAUGUUGCCUCUUAAAGCCAACAGUGAACUUCGUCCUGCAGCUGGGACUGCAGUCAGUCCGAAUGGAGCUUAAACAAGCAUUUUACACAAGCUUUUAAGGUUUUUGUAUACACAGCAGAAGCUUUUAUAUCUGAUAAAUAAUUCAUGAAUUACAUUUCUUUUCCAUUUUAGAAGUAUGCCACUCCGUGGAAAGCUCUGUUUGUCUAAAAUAAGCUGAGCAGAUUUAGAGUUAAACAUACUUUGCUUAGUUUAGUGCACAAGAACAUAUUGUUGCUCAGUUUUCCUGGUUACCCAGAUCAAAUGGUUUGCCAUAUCUGGGUAUCCUGGGAUAACCUCCAGCAGAUGCAGAAAUGCUGUUUGGGGUAAAACAGAGCACACGGUUCCUGCCCUGUGGAGCCGCUCCGCAGGAAAGACGAGACUUCUCCGAAGGUAGCCCAGGUCUGGGCCGGACGCUCAGGUUACCGCAGGCCCUCAGGCUGUCGAGCUCAUGAAUGGAGCCGCUCUGCCUGCUUCGCACGGGCAGCUGAGAAGCGCAGAGAGCCUUGUCUGUAUAGUAACCAUACACCAGCCGCUGUGUCAAAGAGACUUCCGCUGCGUUUGGGAUUGACCGGCUUCAACCGACAGGAUUUCUCACCGAUUUCAGCUCAGACUCUCUGUUACAUCCGUCUCAAAAGAGCUGUUGGAGGAAAUAACUUUACCUUUAAGUCGUUAUAAAAACUCUGGUCCUGCAUCCACGCUUCCACAGACGCAGCACCAAAAAUAAUGUGUCAUAACCUUUAGUGUACGAUGUUUAUAACCCUCACUGCUGUACAGGAUCACCUGCAGAUUUCUGUCUCUCAGAUAUUACCAUAUUUCUUACCAAGUCUAAAAUUCCACAAUAUAAGACGCUGGUUUUUACACUGAUUGAAAAUCCUGCAUACAUUUUAUCCUCUAAGUCUUGUGUGUUUUAUGGCUCUUUAAUCUUGUCAUAAAUCUACUAGACUUGCCUGUCGUGAAAACUUAGUCGUUUUGAUUUUUUCCCCGUAAAUAAAUGGUCUCCCAACUGAUCCAUAUGGGCACACAGCGUAACCAUAAGAUACCUUUGUAAAAACACCACAGGCCGUCUCCAGGUGGACUCAGUUGACCUACAUAGUUUGUUCAUACCAUUAAUUUAUCAUGUUUCCAUUCUAAUUCCAUUUCCGGCCUGCAAGCAAACCCUUUGGUCUGAUUCUACUGAAAUCUUAACGCAUUGUUUUUUUAUUUUCAGUGUAGUUGAGUGUUUUUGUGAAACGUGGGAAAAAAAAUACCAUAGAAAAGCUAAAAUUGUGAGUGUUGUUUUCUUGAGCAUUGUUUUUAAUCUUUUUCUAGAUCUUAUUUUGAUUCAGGUUGUUUUUUUAGAAUAAUUGAUUCUUACAAAAGAAGGUCUCUGGUUUGAAUCUUGAGCAGAGAACUCUGUUUGGAGUUUGCACGUUCUCUCUUUGCAUGUGUGGAUUCUCUCUCGGUCUUCUGGCUUCCUCUCCAAACAGCCCUUAGGUGUGAGUGUGUGCUUGGUUAUUCUGUCCCGCGUGUCUCUCUGUUGCCCCAUAAUGGGCUGGAUCGGGCCUCUAGCCCUCCGACUGUUCAGGGUUGGCACCAUCAGGUGUUAGGAAAUGCAAAACGAACCCUUUAUCAAACUAGAAUAACUAACCAACCUUGCAUCCCUACAUAUUGUUAAUUGGAGUUUCAUAAUCACGUUUACAUUUCA